CUUCCGGUUCCCGGGAAGAUGGGGCCGUCGGGCUGGUCCUCCAUGCAGUCGUACUCGUUGAGCGCCUGCUGUGUGCAAAGCCCUGUGCUGAGCGCUUGGUCCUGGGCCGCGGUGGCCUCGUCCUCCCCGUUGUUGCUGCUGUUGCUGCUACUGUUGGAGACGCUCCUGGGCCCGGCCGGAGCCGCCGACCCGCCCGUUGUCACCUGUGGCUCCGUCGUCAAGCUGCUCAACACGCGCCAUGACGUCCGCCUCCACUCCCAUGACGUGCGCUACGGCUCUGGCAGCGGCCAGCAGUCGGUGACGGGGGUCUCGGCCGUGGACGACAGCAACAGUUACUGGCGGGUUCGCGGAAAGACCUCCACCGUGUGCGAGAGGGGCACCCCCGUCAAAUGCGGCCAGGUCAUCCGGCUCACCCACAUCAACACCGGCCGCAACCUGCACAGCCACCACUUCACUUCCCCUCUGUCCGGUAACCAGGAAGUGAGCGCGUUCGGGGAAGAGGGUGAAGGGGACUAUUUGGACGACUGGACGGUCUUGUGCGGCGGCUCCCACUGGGUGCGGGACGGCGAGGUGCGCUUCAAGCAUUCUUCCACCGAAGCGUUACUGUCCGUCACCGGAGAGCAGUACGGCCGACCCAUCAGUGGCCAGAAAGAGGUGCACGGCAUGAUCCAGCCCAGCCAGAACAACUACUGGAAAGCCAUGGAGGGCAUCUUCAUGAAGCCCGGUGAGCCGCUGAGGACUGGAGUCCAUCACGCCGAACUGUGAUGGCUCCCUAGCCGCCGGCCUCCCUUCCCUUCACCGCACAGUGUUCCGAUCCCGUCCCCCUCGUUUUUGGACUCUUCUCCCGCGGGCCCCCUUAAACCUCCCGGGUCCCCAUUCUAGCCACCCCACGAAGAGGGGAAGCGAGAGCCAGCCUCUGGGAUCCCACUGCUGGGGCCUUAAUCGGUUGUAUUUAUUGAACGCUUACUGUGUGCGGGGCACUGUACUAAGCAUGUGGGAGAGGCCUUGAGAACAUCCUGCACCUACCUCACUGGACUUGACUUUAUCUCGUAACGGUCUUGGUUAGAGGGGGAAUAAUCUCUUCAGCCAAAAGGGAGUCAUCUGGAGAAAAAGGGAGGCAUCUGAGGAAUCCGAAGGGGGCAGCGAAAAGCCGUUCUAGCUGGGAUUUUCCCGUCACUACUCUUGGGAGCUGCCCUUCGUGGUCCACUUGCCGGGAUCUUGCUCCAAAGCACUGAUUAUCUGCUCUUUGUGUCCUGGGAGCAGUUUGUGGCUUACAGCAAUAAAAUAAGUUUGAUUAUCACCA